AUGGCCUCGACUACAAGUGAACCAUCGGCACCGGCGCCCACCGUGUCUGAGACGCAGGCUCCGACUUACUCUCCGAGGUAUAUCGAUAUUGGCAUCAACCUCGCCGACCCUAUUUUCAGAGGCCGUUAUCAUGGCAAGCAGCGGCAUCCCGAUGACCUGAAGGCCGUCGUGCAGCGAGCCAAGGAUGUCGGCUGCACGAAAAUGAUAGUCACGGGCUCAAGCUUCAAGAGCUCGCGCAAUGCUCUGAAACUGGCAGAGGAGUUCCCCGGCACGGUCUACACAACCGCCGGCAUCCACCCCUGCAACAGCGUCAUCUUCACCUCGUCCCACCCGCACCACCACGAGGCCGACGACGACGAACACACGGCGGCCUGCGACCCGGACCCGGACAAGCCCAUCUCGGACGAGGCCACCGUCGACGCCGCCAGGAGCGACAGCAUCAUCGCCGACCUCCGGGAUCUCGUCGCGGAGGCCCGCUCGUCGCGCGGGCUCGUGGCCUUUGGCGAGUUCGGCCUCGACUACGACCGGCUGCACUACUGCACCAAGGCCGCGCAGCUGCACUCCUUCCGCGCGCAGCUCGGGCUCGCGGCCUCCCUCCGGCCGCAGCUGCCGCUCUUCCUGCACUCGCGCGCCUGCCACGCCGACUUCGUGGCGCUGCUGCGCGAGGCGUUCGGCGAGCGGCUCGAGCGGCUGGAGAGGGGCGGCGUCGUGCACAGCUUCACGGGCACCGCGGACGAGGCGCGCGAGCUCAUGGACCUGGGCCUGCACAUCGGCGUCAACGGGUGCAGCUUCAAGACGGCGGACAACUGCGCCGUCGUGCGCGAGAUCCGCCUCGACAGGCUCAUGAUCGAGACCGAUGGGCCCUGGUGCGAGGUCCGGCCCACGCACGAGGGUUGGAAAUACCUGGUGGAUAAGAAGCCCGAGGGUACUCCCUCGGACGGAAGCGCCGCCGCCGCUGUCACGUCAGCUGGUGCCAAUGGUGCCCCUGAAGCACCCGCAAAUGGCAAUGCCGGUGGGAAGAAGCAAGGCAGCAGGAAGCAGCCCCAGAAGAAGGAGCCCGAGGUGCCGGAGCGCUUCAAGAGUGUUAAGAAGGAGAAGUGGGUGGAAGGCGCCAUGAUCAAGGGCCGCAAUGAGCCAUGCUCUAUCGAAAGGAUCGCCAAGAUUGUGGCGGGCAUCAAGGGAGUCACCGUCGAAGAGGUGUGCGAAGCAGCAUGGGCAAACACAGUCAAGGUAUUUGGCUUGGAACGAACAGAGACAUAG